UCGCGCGAGCUUUUUUGCUUUACAGAACUCUAGUCUCACGUGCUUCGAUUUGCAUACACACUGAUUUGCCAAUAGAGUGUGCGUGUGAUAUUCGCGAAUAAUUUUUCUUUCUUCCUACCGGGUCUCUUCUGAAGAGGAAAAACAACCAAGACGCGUCGUGAUAGCGUGACGUGUGUGUUUGUGUUUGUGUUUGCAUUGACACAUUAUUUGAUUGCGUUGUUUUUGCGUCUCGGCAAAAGUGCGCUCUACUUGUUUGCGUGUGUAUUGUAUUGUAAUAAUAAAAUCGCAGAAUUAGUCCGUGCCAAGCAACCCUGCCAUAACAAGAUUUCCAAAAGUUCUCUAGUUUCUGGUGGUAAUUGAAGAAAAAUGUGUAUUCUAUUUAUCUACGUCAAUGCGGACGGAAAACCGGGCAAAUACAAGCUGAUAUUGGCUUCCAACCGAGACGAGUACUACAACCGACCAGCUAAAGUGGCCGGUUCUUGGGACGAAAGCCCACAUGUCAUAGGAGGUCGCGAUAUGGAACCGGGACGAGAAGGCGGCACCUGGCUGGCGAUCGGCGGUGGUGGCAGUGACGGUGUCAUUCGAGUCGGAGCGCUGCUGAACGUCACUGGCGAAAACAAGCAGAACGUCGUCACUGGCCGGGGGCACAUCGUGUCCAACUACGUUGCAGGAACUGCCUCCAGCGAGGACUACUCGAAACGGCUGCUGGCCAAUGACACCUACGGGGCGUUCAAUUUCGUCUCGGUCGAAUUGGGUGAGCAAGCUGCAAGCGUACUGCAUGCUAGCAAUGCACCGCACAAAAUCGAUCGCUGCGAUCUGGGGAAGGCCCUUGGGUUCGGUAACAGCACGUUGGAUGUACCGCUGGAGAAGGUGAAAAACGGCCGGAGCCGUUUUGCCGAUAUCAUUGACAAGCGGUCGGAUGGGAGCAGCGAAGAUUCGCUGGUGAAGGAACUACUGGAACUCCUUAAGAGCAAUGAAAAAUAUUUCCCGGAUCCGGAGCUGUCCCGUCGGGCACCCAACUACGCGGAGAAGCUUUCCAGUAUCAAUGUGUACUUCCCGGAAUCCGGCUACGGCAGCCGAACACGAACCAUCAUCUUGGUUGACCACAACAAUCGGAUGGAAUUCAUCGAAGAAACAAUGUCCUCGGCCGAUCCGGACGGUGGAUGGCAGCGGACGCACAUCGAACGACAAUUUUGAUAGACGAUCAAUGCGUUACGUCGAAAAUUAGUCUAGAUACUUUCGGAACAAUGAUCACGAAAACCUCACGGCUCACGGAUAAUAGAUUUUCAAUCUAACUGUUUUUAUUGUAUUUACAUUUCACUGUUUGCGUGUUACUAUACCUCAGUAAAGAUCUAUCGCACAUUUUCGGUUGAAUGCACUCAAUUUGAUAGGAAAUAUA